AUAAGUGAAAAAAGAAAAUCUUUUUUUUUCCGGUGCCCAUCAAGAAUUUUCUACUCAUCAAUAAUGGCUUAUUUAAGAUUGCAUAUCGAUGCAAUAAUCAUCCUCAUUAUAAUUAUUGUAUCAUCAUCAUCUUCAUCUUCAUCAUCAUCGUCAUUGAAUUCGCAUCCGGUUUCCGUUGCUAAUGGAAAAAAUAGAGCAAUUAUUCUUAUACGACAACAAAAGAAUCGAUCUACAAAUCAUUAUAUUCGUGAAUUAUAUCAAAAUAUAACAUUCAAUUGUCGUGUUGAUUUUAUUGAUGAAAAAAAUCAUCACCAUCAUCAUUAUCAUCAUUUGAAUAAAUCAAAAAAUUUACAAUUAAAACGAUCAUGGUAUCGUGAUAAUGGUCAAUGGUUAGGUCCAAUUGAAAAAGAUAGAAAAUUAAUUGGUAUUAAUGAACGAUAUCGUUUUCAAUCGGAUAAUAAUAAUGAUGAAGCUAGUUUAAUGAAAAUUAAACAUCUAAAUGAACAUGAUAUGGGAAUUUAUUUUUGUUCUGUUUGGGCUAUCAAUUCUACUGAUCAAACAUUAAUAUCAAAAAAUGAAACAUUUCAAUAUGAAUUAAAAAUUAUACAACCAAAUCAAAAUGAUGAUGAUCAUUUACAACCAAUAACGGCUCAACUGUAUCAGAGAGCAGAAAAAUCAAUCGAUGAUUCAUUGAUUCAAAAUAAAAUAAUAAAUCAUACGGUAGUUGAUAGAAAUUUUGAUGCCGGUGUCGAAUCAUGGCUUUUUAAUAAUGAUUUUCAUAAUGAAAGUAAUGAUGAUUAUGAAGAUGAUAAAGGUGAAGAUGAUUAUAAAGAUUUAGAUGAUGAAGAAUAUGAAGGUUUGCCAUUGGAUUCUGAACUAAAAUUUAUCGAAAAUGAUGGUGAAGAAUUUCAUGUAUAUAAUGUAAGCGAAUUUCCAUCGUUUAUGCAAUUAGAAGAACAAUCCGGUUAUUUAGUUAAACUUCGUUGUCCAAUUCGUGGCCAUAAAAAUAAUACUAAAUAUCGUUGGUUUAAAGGAUCAAAUAUACUGAAAGGUUAUUUACGUGAUAAUGGUGAAAAUAUGAAAAUUGAUCGAUGGAAAUUAGAUUUGGAAAAUAUUGGCCAAUCUGAUGCUGGUAAUUAUACAUGUGAUGUAAAGAAUCCAUAUGGUCAUUAUAAUUUUACAUUUAAUAUACGUGUACAUUAUUCAAUAAGACAUCCACCCGUAUUAACUAAUUUAAAUGUCAAGAUUAACAAUACAGUUUUGGUUGGUGAUAAUGUAACAUUUGAUUGUCGUUAUCGUUCAGCAGUGAUUGCUAAUUUUAGCUGGUUUCGUGUUUAUCCAGAUAAAGAUCCAGACAAAAUUAAUAAUGGAAAAUCGCUUAUGCUGAAUCUAACAAAUGUUAGUAAAGAUGAUAGCGGAAAUUAUACAUGCGUUGUCAGCAAUCCUUUUGGAACUAUUCAACGUUAUUUCUUACUCAACGUUGUUUCAGAGUCAUUUUCAUUUGUACCAUAUGCACACCACAUGUUAUGGGUAGUUGUUUUAUUAAUAUUAUUGGCAACAAUAUUGGUCACCUAUAUCCUAUACAAUAGCCGUUUACAAACAAAUAAAAAAAUAACGAUUAUAGCACAGAAAAGUUUUAUAAUCAAAAAGAAAAUUAUACUUGAAAAUCCAUUGUCAUAUGAUUUAUCAACAAAUGGUGGUGGUAGUAAUGGUGAUCCAACAUUAUCAUCAUCAAUGAUGAUUAAUCAUAAUGAAUUUGAUAAUAAUCGAAUAUUGGAUGGUAAAGGAGGAUCAUUUGAUAUGUUUUCACCAUUAGUUAAAAUUGAUUGUGAACAUAUUUUGAUUGAUACGAAUGAUUUGGAUAUUGGAAAAAAAUCUGGUAUGACAGAAUAUGAAAUACCAUUGGAUAAAGAAUGGGAAAUGGAUCGUAACAAUGUUACAAUUUAUUGGAAAGAAAAAUUGGGCGAAGGUGAAUUCGGUACGGUUGUCAAAGGAGAAUUGUCAAAUUCAAUUUAUAAAACUGAAGUGGCUGUCAAGAUGUUAAAAGAAGGACAUUCCGAUGAUGAAAUGAUUAAUCUGAUUUCUGAAUUAGAAGUGAUGAAACGUAUUGGAAAACAUCGAAAUAUAAUCAAUUUGAUUGGUUGCUGUACACAGAAUGGACCAUUAUGGGUAGUUGUCGAGUAUGCACCUUACGGAAAUCUUAGGGAUUUUCUACGUAAAAAACGAGAAGAAAUGAUUACAUUCAAACAACAACAACAACAACAGAAUAACAAUAUCAAUGAACAAAAAGAAUUUCAUUAUGUUCCUGAAAUGUUUCAACAUCAACAACAAAAAUUGCAGCUAAAAUCAUUUUCAUCAUUGACAUUUUUAGAUUUAGUCAAUUUUGGAUAUCAGAUUGCUCGUGGUAUGGAAUAUUUAUCAUCCAAAAGAUGUGUACAUCGUGAUUUAGCAGCUCGUAAUGUUCUUGUUUGUGAAAAUAAUAUUCUUAAAAUUGCUGACUUUGGUUUGGCAAGACGAAUACAAGGUGAUUAUUAUCGUAAAACAACGAAUGGUCGUCUGCCUAUUAAAUGGAUGGCUAUCGAAUCGUUAGAAAAUCAAAUGUAUACAACACAUUCAGAUGUUUGGAGUUUUGGCAUACUAUUAUGGGAGAUAAUGACAUUAGGACGAACACCAUACCCGGGUAUAAAUGUUCAUGAACUAUGGAAACGUUUAGAAAGUGGAUAUCGUAUGGAACAGCCAAUCAAUUCGGAUGAACAAAUCUAUGCCAUUAUGCGACGAUGUUGGCAUAAACAGCCAAAUGAACGCCCUAGUUUUGCACAGCUAGUUAAAGAAAUUGAAAACAUAGAAUAUUCCUAUUCAAACAGAGAAUAUGCUACACUUCAUUUCCCAGGUGUUGAUGUUCAUUCUUCAGCAUCAAGUUCUGAAGAAGAUAACAUUGAAGAUGAAACAAACGAAUCGACUAUUGCUGCCACAUCAGAAUAUGAUAAUGAUAGACUUAGAAAAAGAGAUGAUGAUGAUGAUUAUAACGAUGAUAAUAAUGAUAUUGAACAUCGAUAUAAUAAUUGGCAUGCUUCAGCAGCAAUGAAUUUUCCAAUAUCAGCAUUAGGUUUAACCGAUACAAUUAAUGAUAAUGAUUCAUCAUUAUCGGGUAAAUGGUUCAAUAUGAAUACAUCAAGAUUUGCCGGUUCAAAUCAUCAUUAUAUCAAUGGAAAUGCAUUACGUGAAACAUUAUUACGUGAACAAUCAUCAACAUUAUUUCAACAACAAGAAAAUAACAAAAUGACUAAAGAAUUGGAUGAUUACACAACAACAUCAACUAAUGUAACGAUUGGUUAUCCUAACGAUCCAACAACACCACCACCACUUAUUCAUCAUAAUCGUAUUUAUAUGAAUGGAGAUGAUCUAACAAUGAUACCUCAACACAACAAAGACACAACAACAUCAUUGAUGGUCAUACCACAAACAACAACAACAACAAAACCGGCAUCUAUAACAAUCAACAAAUGUUAUGAUUUUGAUUUUCUAUGUCGAAAAUUGGAAAAUCAUCCAACAAAAUCAUCAUCUGCUGCUGCUGCUACUGCUGCUAUGAUUAUAUCGCAACAAGAAACAAAUGAAAAUUGUUGAGAAAAAAAAAUCAAUCAAUUUAAAUUAUUGGAACUAGGUAUUUUUUUUCUUCAUUGUGAUCACACAAACCGACGACAAGAAUAUUUCUCGAAGAGUAUUAUUAUUCGAACAUAAAUGUGAUAUUAAGCAGUUUUUUUCUUUUAACGACAAAAUCAUCAUCAUCAUCAUCAUCAACAUCAUUAAUAUAUCAUACACUAGUCUG